AUGGGUAGGGGAAGAGUGGAGCUCAAGCGGAUCGAGAACAAGAUCAACCGGCAAGUGACCUUCUCCAAGCGCCGCAACGGGUUGCUCAAGAAGGCCUACGAGCUCUCCGUCCUCUGCGAUGCCGAGGUCGCGCUCAUCAUCUUCUCCACCCGCGGCAAGCUCUACGAGUUCGGCAGUGUCGGAACAAGCAAAACAUUAGAGCGAUAUCAACGUUGUUGUUACACCUCUCAGAACACCAAUGUUGCUAAUCAUGAAGCACAGAACUGGUAUCAAGAAAUGUCAAAGCUGAAGGCAAAGUUUGAAUCCCUGCAACGCUCACAAAGGCAUUUGCUGGGAGAAGACCUCGGCCCACUGAGUGUGAAAGAACUGCAACAAUUGGAAAGACAACUUGAAUCUGCACUCUCACAGGCCAGGCAAAGGAAGACUCAGCUGAUGCUGGAACAGAUGGAAGAACUUCGCAAGAAAGAACGUCGUCUCGGAGAGAUAAACAAGCAACUGAAAGAUCAGCUCGAGGCAGAAGGUGCCACUCUGAGGGCUCUUCAAGCACCAUGGGCCACUUCUGACCAUGGAGCAUCUGCAGUGGCUGGGAGUUCCUUCUCUGUGGAAGCAAAUCCCAACAUGGACCAUGCACCAACGCUGUGUAUAGGGCACCAUCAGUUCGUGCCAUCUGAAGCUGCCAUGGCCAGGAAUCUGGCAGUUGAGGAGAACAACUUCAUGCUUGGCUGGAUUCCUUAAUUAAGAAAAUGCUGCAAGUGGUUUCUGAAGUUUCCCAACAAUUUAAUGGCUAUAUGUAUAUGUAUUCUA